AUGUGGUUAUGUUUCAAAGUUCCAAAUUAUGACAGUGAUGAAUAUGACGAAGAUUGGGCUGAAGUUCAAGUUAAAGUUUCUAUUAACUAUCAACAAUUUCUCAACAUUAGAAAGAGAAUUGUAACCACUGAGGAGAAAAAUAUCAAUCCAAUCAGAAUUGCAAGACAGAAAUCCACAAAGAAAGCUAACAAAUCGUCAAAAGAUCAGAAUGUUGUCAAGUCAAACUUCCUGUUCAUGAAUGUGAUGACUUUGAAGAUGAAUAUGGCGAAAUGUCAAAUUCAGGAAAAGAGAAAAUAUUGGAGAUCAUAUUCUCUCCGCGAGAACGAUGAAGAUUGUGAUGAUUAUCAUGAUGCUAUUGAGAGACAUUUUGAAGCAAUUAUUGAAAGAGUUUGUAAAAUUGAUCCUGUGCCUUUGGGUGGUAAGAGAAGUGAUGAAGAUGAUAAUAGCAACGAUGAAUCACAUGAAUCGUCGUAA